AAUUUUAAGGGUUUUACUACUUUUCUUGUCACAGCGGCCAUGGAGGAGGCGACGGCGGAAGACGGAGCACCGCCGAGUCUGCGCUCCCGUUCUCGCCACAUAAAGAAGAGAGCUCUCAAGAACAAAACACUGUCACUGUCAUUCAAUGAAAAGGACCUCAAGGAUUUCGUCACCGGUUUCCACAAGAGGAAGAAGAAGCGGAGAAAAGAGGCUCGGCAGAAGCAGGAAGAAGCAGACCGCAGAAAGCGCAUUGAGAUGCGCAAACGGAGAAAGUUGGAAAGAGAUUUCAUUAUGAAUAGUGGAGCUCCACCUGACUCAGGUGGCGAUGGUGCUGAAUCCGCAGCCGAUGAUGAAGAAGAUGACAAUUCUGAACCAGUUGCAUCAGUUGCAGGGACAACCAUGUACGACAAUGGUGAUGUGCAAGUGACAGUGACUACGCGUGAAAUAAUGCCGGAGGAGGGUCCCACCCAACCGGAGCCGGCAAGACCUCAAUCCCAAACAGAGGAAGCGGCUCUGGAGAAGAGAAAGCAAACGGUCAUCCCUGUGAGCAAGAAGAAACAAUUCAAGAAAGCCCCGAAGAAGAGAUCCCGGGUGAAACCGCAGAGCAAGAGAGAUAAAAAGAAGGGAAAGAAAAAGAACCAACAACACUAACUGUGUGAUCUCUUGAAUUUGCUCAUCAAAGAGGAUUUUCAUUAAAAAUUGUCUCUUCUUAUUUUGUUUCACAUUUUUUUAUAUAUAAUACAUAAUAUAUUACUAUUAUUAGGUUUUUCUAUUUUAGGAUUUAAAUUUUCAGGAGGUCGUUUAUUCUAGUGUGUUAAGAUGCUACAGGUUGUGUUAUUACUAGUAUUGCUUGGGAUAUUUUUGGUGCACUAUGUUCUACUUACUUGAACAGCUUGAAGGACUAGCUCAUCCAAUUAUGAUAUAUCUAAUUGAUAGAGUAUUAGUUCA